GCAGUGGGGCUGAAUGGAGUGUGCCCACGGAUAAAGGCUAAUGCCUCCCAGCUGCAAAGUGAUUCACGAUUCGUGCGCCUUCAAGCGGCUUGUCUCUCUUCGUGCAGUCAUUCUCCUCGCAUUCGCACCUAGCCCGCUCCUCUCAAUAGUCCUAGCGAUACACACGCCGCCAUGCCAGCUCGCACUGCCCUCUUGCUCGUAGCGCUGGUCCUCGCGGGAGUCCCGUGGUGCGUGUCCAGGCCCCACUACGACCCCUCGUUCGGCAUUCACUUCCGCCUGCCGUCCUUCUGCAAUGGCACGGAGUGCAAAGUCUUGCCCGACGGCACCGUCCAGCUCACGGCCGCCAAGAACAAGAUGGGAGCGUUCGAGUCGAAGAGCUACUUUCAGUACGGCGUCUUCGAGGUGAACAUGAAGCUCCCCUCGGGGUACUCGGGCGGGCUCAUCCCGUGUAUCUACCUCAUCUCGGGCGAGAACCUCGACUACCGCGACGUGCACGACGAGAUGGACUUCGAGUUCCUCGGCGGCAGCGACCCCUCCAGCAUUCGAGUCCACACUAACGUUAUUGCCGGGGGGUACACCAACGUCGAGCAGUACAAGUUCGCGUUCGACCCGUCGGCCGCCUUCCACACGUACACCAUGGUCUACGCGCCCAACUGGCUCGUCUGGAAGAUCGACGGCCGACCCAUCCGCAUCACGUGGCGCGAGUCCGGCAAGCCCUUCCCCUCGCUCCCCAUGAAGAUCAUGGGGUCGAUCUGGGACGCGUCGUUCUGGCUGCCGCUGAAGAGCGACUACUCCAAAGGCAACGUGACCGUCAAGUUCCGCCGCUUUAACCUGCGAGAAGCGUGCCGCGUCGAAAACCUCAAGGUGGAGCCCGCCUGCGCCUUCCGCAACGACGCGCGCACGGGCGCGUGGCUGACGCGGCCCACGCGGAACGACAUUGCGCGGGCGAAGCGCCACAGAACGCUGUACCUGUUCAAAGAAUAUGGCGGUUGGCAAAAGGUCGUGUAGGAAAUAGAAACUCGACUGCAGCCGUCAGUAGUGAUAGCUAUUGAUCACCAGUAGGUAGGAUGCACGGGUUUAGGCUUCAUCCGAUAUUACCUGCUAUCAACACCUUUGUCCACAUAGCUUGUACAAACGCUAACAUAUACCUUAAUCGCCCGAAUCAUGAUGCAUACCGUCCAGGGUUCCCGAUAGCAGACGAAAUCCGUCUGAUGGUCUGAGAAUCAGACCCGUUUUUUGCUGUUCAUCUGAUUUUUGGACGGGGUCUAAUAUUUCGUCUGAACGUCCAUACUUGUUAUAAA